GGGGGUGUUUUCAUCACUUGCCACCCAAGACGUAAUUCAGCAGCAGAAUUGCCAUUAUCUGUGUCCCACUUUUGGUAAUCAGACAGAAUAUACAAUGAUGAAGACUGUUUCCUGUUGCCAUUGGAAGGUAGCAGGGUUUAUUCUCCUAUGUGGUUACACCUACCCUCAUUAAGAUUCUGCCACUUGACUAAUUCAGGUACUUAGCAUCCUAUAGACAGGGCUAAUCUGCACGCUGACCGUGUUUGCCGUGCAGAGCAGUGUUUAUAUAAACAGCACCACUCUGUAAACGACACUAAUAUUUGAGUUCCAUAUUUGAAGGUGCUCACAUCUCGGCUCGUGCUCCACAGUCUACAGUUGGCGCAUUGGGUAGCACUUCAAUAGCUCUACCGCUUCUUCUACCAAGGAUCGUACAUGCACUAACGGUUUAGGAUUAAAUUAUGUCGGCGACUGCUAAAAUAAGUUUUACAGUGAGAAGCAUUUUGGAUUUACCAGAACAUGAAGCUGAAACCGCCAAUAACCAUUCUCCGGAAAGCUACUCCAGCUCACCAUACACUGAAUGGUUAGACUCUGAAGGAAGUCAUUGCCUCUCCUCUGACGAAAGCAGCGCAGAGACUUUACCGGAUUCUACACAGAAAGAUGAACCGUCGCCCGAGACAGAGGCUGAAAAGAAGAAAAAACGACGAGUUCUCUUCUCCAAAUCCCAGACGUUCGAACUGGAGAGACGGUUUAGACAGCAGCGCUAUCUGUCUGCCCCAGAACGAGAGCAGCUCGCCCACCUUCUCAGCUUAACACCGACGCAGGUGAAAAUAUGGUUCCAGAACCACAGGUACAAAAUGAAGAGAGCCAGGGCAGAAGGACAUGUAGAUAUAAACCAGUCUCCAUUGAUUCGGAGAGUGAUGGUACCAGUUCUGGUUAGAGACGGGAAACCUUGCCAUACAUGUGUCAUCAACCCGGUACAUUAUCAGGACAAGCAAAGUGUCAGUCUGCCCGCGUCAGCAGCUGCACACCCCUCCUUCACACUCCACGGGUACCAGCACUUGCAUCACCCUACACCACAGGCAUUAUUUUCCGGUUACCAGCACUUAUCUCACCCAGCAGGAACGAUACAUCACUGGAGUUGGUAAAGAAGACUAUUUGCGUUGGGACUUGAAUGAGACUGUAGGAGCUGUUCCUUUUGUGUAUGAAGGAGUUAUGGUUCAUUAACAGCACGAUUGAUUCUGCAGAGGGUGUUAUUGACUUGAACCUGCAAACUCUUCCAUCACUGCCGACCAGAACUGCUCAAUUUCUUCACUUUUAUAGUUACCGAAGGGUUUAACAGAUUUAAUCGGAGUGAUUAUGAACUGUUAUGGUCAUUUCUGUCAAUAAUUUGUCAGCUUUAUACAUAUCCCCACCCCACAAAGAAUACUAUUCUAUGUUUUUCUUAAUUUCAGCUACCCUGUCAGUAGUGAUGUUUUUUCUGCCUUUUUUUAAGAUAAAGAAAAUAUUGAAAGUCCAUUGUAAAUAAUUGUUUGUUCCUGGUAGCAUUGUUCCAGGGGCAUUAUAGCUGGCUACGGCCUUUUAUUUAAUAUUUGGUUGAAUCUGUUAAGCUAGUAUUUUAACAUUGGACCAAGGCCUAAGAAUUCGGGAAAAUAAUGGAAAACAUUUGACAAAUGCCUCGAUUAGCUGAUGGUUUAUGCACGGAUGUGUACAGUUUGACUUGUUUAGUACCUUGUAUCAUUAGUGUAUGAGAUUUUCGUUGUACUGUAGGCAAUGAACUUAGAAAAUAUAUAUUUUUCCCCAUUUUGGGAGAUUUGUUAUGAGAAGAAUCAAACUGGCAACCAAAAGGAGAUGUAUUUUUGCAAGUUUAAAUG